AUGGGUGAUGCUGAAGCCACGGGAUUUCCCACCUCUCUGGAGGGAGGGUCACAUUUCAUCUUUUCUCCAUCUUUUCCAUUUCUAGCAGCCCAGUGCCUUCUACUCCUUGCUUGCGUGCUGGUCUUGGCUGCCCCAGGCCACUCCAUGUACAUACAAACCCUAAACAUCUUCAAGAAAUCUCCCUCCAACGCUUCGGCGAGUGCUCUGAAGAAAACCAGUUGGCCUAAAGACUGCAGCGAGAUCCCUGCUGGCAGCCCCAGUGGCGUCUACGCCAUCCAGCCCACAGGACUGCACCCCAUCGUGGUGUACUGCGAAAUGAACGUGACGGAUGGGGGCUGGACAGUCAUCCAGAGGAACCGGCAGAGCACGGAGAUCACCUGGGCCGAGUCCUGGAGCACCUACAAGUACGGCUUUGGGAACGUGCACACUGAGUACUGGCUGGGCACCGAGUACAUCCAUCAGAUCUCCAAGCAGAAGGUCUACCAGGUCAAGUUUGUCAUCUGGGAUGCUGCAAACAACAUCAAGUUCGCAGACUACAACCUCUUCAGCCUGGAAGAUGAGUCCCACGGCUACCGGCUGAGGCUGGGAACGUACACAGGGACAUUGGAGGAUGCCAUGGACUCAAACAAUCCCAGGAACGUGCACAACAACAUGAAAUUCUCCACAAAAGAUCGGGAUCAGGACACUUACAGAGGGAACUGUGCCUCCCGCUCUGGGGGUGGGUGGUGGUACUCGGCGUGUUAUUCUGUACGGCUGAACGUCAAGGGGGGCAUAACAUGGGGCAGCCUGUGCAACGGGAACUGCAAAGCUUCUGCCAUCCUCAUCAAACCAGCUCCAUACCAUUAG